AGCAGCUAUCCUCAGCCAAGCGCUGUCAGGGGCUGUUUUCUGUUUGGAGUGCCCAUAGACACUGACGUAGAAGAAUGUGUGAGGAAGAGGACAGCACUGCCCUUGUUUGUGACAACGGGUCAGGGCUCUGCAAAGCUGGCUUUGCUGGGGAUGAUGCUCCAAGAGCAGUUUUCCCUUCCAUUGUGGGUCGUCCCAGGCACCAGGGUGUGAUGGUUGGUAUGGGUCAAAAAGACAGCUACGUAGGUGAUGAGGCUCAAAGCAAGAGAGGGAUCCUAACCUUGAAAUACCCCAUUGAACAUGGCAUCAUUACAAACUGGGAUGACAUGGAGAAGAUCUGGCAUCACUCUUUCUAUAAUGAGCUCCGUGUUGCACCUGAAGAACACCCAACUCUGUUGACUGAAGCACCACUGAAUCCCAAAGCCAACCGAGAGAAAAUGACACAGAUUAUGUUUGAGACUUUCAACGUGCCAGCCAUGUAUGUAGCUAUUCAAGCUGUUCUGUCCCUCUAUGCUUCUGGACGUACCACAGGGAUCGUGCUAGACUCUGGGGAUGGUGUCACCCACAACGUACCGAUCUAUGAAGGCUACGCCCUGCCGCACGCUAUCAUGCGUCUGGACCUGGCUGGCCGUGACCUGACAGACUACCUCAUGAAAAUCCUGACGGAACGUGGCUAUUCCUUUGUGACCACUGCGGAGCGUGAAAUUGUCCGUGACAUCAAAGAGAAGCUGUGUUAUGUGGCCCUGGACUUUGAAAAUGAGAUGGCCACUGCAGCCUCUUCUUCUUCUCUGGAAAAAAGCUAUGAGCUUCCUGAUGGUCAGGUGAUCACCAUUGGAAACGAACGCUUCCGCUGCCCGGAGACCCUCUUCCAGCCAUCUUUCAUCGGUAUGGAGUCUGCUGGCAUUCAUGAAACCACUUACAACAGCAUCAUGAAGUGUGACAUAGACAUUAGAAAGGAUCUUUAUGCCAACAAUGUGCUGUCUGGAGGCACUACAAUGUACCCAGGUAUUGCAGACAGGAUGCAGAAGGAAAUAACUGCUCUGGCUCCCAGCACAAUGAAGAUCAAGAUCAUUGCUCCUCCUGAACGUAAGUAUUCUGUCUGGAUUGGAGGCUCCAUCCUUGCCUCCCUGUCUACUUUCCAGCAGAUGUGGAUCAGCAAACAGGAAUACGAUGAAGCUGGCCCAUCCAUCGUUCAUCGCAAAUGCUUUUAAAUUGCUUUAUCUUUAUAGUCUCCUUAGUGUAGUACUGUGAAUGUAUUCAGGAAAAUACAUUCUCAUAAUUUUGUUCCAUAAAUCCUUCAUCAUAAUUACUCUAAUUAAUUGGAUAUUGUGUAUUUUUUUUAAAUAAAUGUUUAAAUAUGCUAUGAAAUUGCUGCUCCUAUUUAAAACCCCCCACAAUCCACACAUUUGUGGAGGUACAAUUACAGCUGGUUUGAAGCUCCAUCUUGUGACAUGAAUUUGUGACUACAUCAUAUCGAGCUUAAUAGGAAACAGACUUUUUGCUCAAUGAUAGAAGUGCUAGAAAAAGCUCAGUUUAUCAGGCUGCACGUUGUCACAGUUUAGCCUCAGAAAACAUUUCAGUCUGCAAACAGAACCAGUCUGAAUAUUUCCAAAGUUCUGGGCAGUGCUAAAGGAGCAUAGCAUCUUCUCGCUACCAGGACAAGCACUCUACUUUGCAGCUGCCCUAUCCAGAAAUGUCAUCUAGCAAUAUCAUAGCAUUACUUCCCAUCUGUCAUCUUGGCAAAGCUGAUUUCUGACAGCGUGUGGCCCAGAGGUGUACAAUGCCUACUACUACAGUUCUGUGCAUUUUCUUUAAAGAAAUGAAACCUGUUCCUUUGGGAGCAUAUCUAAACACUGAUACUAGAUUGAUCAGACGACGAUCUUCCUAGCAUGUGCUCAUCAGCCUACUAUUUUUGUGAUUUAUGGCAAGGUCUAAAGGGUAAUUAAGCUGGCUUAAUACACUUUCUCUUCAGAACUAUUUGGUUUUUGGAGUGAUGUAAUGCAAUCAAAUAGAUAAUUUAGACAAUUUUCUUUUUCUGAUUCCAUUUAUAGUCACAAAUAUAUCAAAACUGAUAUUCAAGUAGAAGUAUAUGCAUAGAAGCUGAAGUCUUAAAAAUAUAUAUAUGAACAUAGAAUUUAUUGAGACAGACCUGGAAAAGGUCAGUUCUAAGGAACUCAUUGCAAGCUGUAUUCAAGUUCAGGAUAAAGGAUCCUAUUUAUUUUUGUUACCCAUUUUCCUCAAUAGUUUACCUCACUUGCCUGUUACUCAUCAUCUUUCCAACUGUAAGCUUUUUGCAACAGCACCUUGUAUUUACCAUGUCUGCCUAACCCCUGGGUUCCAGAUCUUGUUCAGCUCUGACUGUUUGCACGCUCUGAACUUUUUUGUACUACCCUUAUUAUUUAAGGUAUCGGUCCAUCUAGCUUCUUGGAACAGAUACUAAAUAAACUCCUGU